AGAUGAACUCGAUUGGAGACCAUUUGAGAGUGAAAUUCAGCUUCCCAACCCCGCUUCCUGCAAAGAGCUCUCUUUAAGUUUGCCACCAGCAGAUAACAAACUUAAAAAGAAAUGGCGAGAGGAUCCCACGGCGUGUUGCUGUCACUUGUACUGAGUUUCUACCGAGUACAUCAAUGCCUGACCGAGUCUCAUUCUCUGCUAUAUCAGUACACCUUCAAUCAUGGGAGACCUGAUUUACCAGAGUAUAGUGUCCUGGGGAUUUUGGAUGGAAGCGAGAUAUACUAUUUUGACAGCAAUAUGAAAAUAACCGUUCCAAGGCAACAAUGGAUGGCGGAAGCAUUUGACAAGGCUUACUGGGAACAGUGCACUAUCACUGAAGUUGGCUUCCAUGGAAUCAUUAAGGGACAGGCUGAUGAAUGGCUCCAGAAAGAAAACCAAACAUCAAGUACCCAUUACCUGCAAGGACUGUUUGGCUGUGAGCUACAUGAUGCCAAUCCAAGUGAAGGGAUUUUGAAGUUUGCUUUUGAUGGCAGAUACAUACUCAGUUUUGAUAAAGAUACAUUGGUUUGGACUAUACAUGAUAAGUUCGCAAAAGAAUUCAAAGCGAAAUGGGAUAAGGAAACAAAGAUGAACCGUUAUUUCAAGAACCUGUUAGAAAAUGACUGUACAGAUCUAUGGAAAACGUACUAUUCAAUUGGAAAUGCCUCUUUAAGCAGAAAAACUCCCCCUGAGGUCUCAAUUAUUGCCAAGGGUGGCCAUCAUUGUUUUCUACACUGCAUUGUGAUUGGAUUUUACCCCCAGCUGAUCAACGUGACCUGGUUGAAGAAUGGAAAACCUGCCCAUGAGACAAACUCUACUGGGUUAUUGCCCAAUGAAGAUGGGACGUUCCAACUAAAGACAACCCUCCAAUUUGACCCAUAUGAUGGCAACCAAUAUGCCUGUCAUAUUGAGCACAGCAACUUCCCAGGUGGAAAGACUGUCCUUUGGGAAGGAAAAGUGAAGAACAGCAAUAAUGUGGGGAUGAUUGUCUUGGGUGUACUGGUGUCACUGGCAAUUAUUCUUAUCAUAUUUAUAUGGUGGAGAAAACAAAGAGGUUACAGUCUUACUUAACCAGGGCCUGAGACAGUUAAAUGCUCAAGUUGAAUUUGCAGCAAAGACAGACCGAAAUGGAUAUUUUCUUUGUAACUAUAGCUGUUUUAAUUGCAUAAUCAUUUUACAUGUGUUUUAUCUUUCUAAUAAUUUUACUAAAACAUUAAUUAUUUGCUCAACUUUGGAAUGACCAAUGCCAUGUUUGAUCUAUAAUUGCAUAAACUGAUUCUAUAUAUUACAUAAUGGCAGCAACAAAUUUCUGGCAUUCUGGUGUGUUGUCAAUAUUAUUCCUACAUUCCAGAGAUUUCCUGGAUGUUGGCCUCAGGUAGAGGACCUGCACUUGUGGGGUUAGGUAAUGGUUAUGGAAGUUCUGUUCAAUCAGUGGGUGCACAACUGAGCAUCACAAACUUUUGAUAAAGUUACUACUCACCUAUUGCAUCCAUGCUACAUUGGGUGAGGAAAACUCAGAGGUGAAACUUCCCUCUAUAAGUAAAGAGAUUGAUGUUGAUGUAGCAUGUCUGCUGCUAACAGGAUAAUUCUAAAUGGGAAUAAAACUAAAAGACCUUU